AUGUCUCUAAUUUCACAGAUAUCCAAACACGCGUCAAACAGCGUCUUGGUGAACUUUAAAAGAGCUAUUGCAAGUCAACUAUCGCAGCUCACUGGAGAACCAGAAACUAAAACUUUCGAGUGCAUAGAACUAACGCCGAAAAAAGAAUUUGGACAAUUUGCUGUAAUAGUUCCAAAACUGCUGGCUAGUUCAGGCGGAGGACAGCGAAAAAAAAGAAAGACAACUAACGAGAAGAGUGCGUCACUAGAACAACCAAAGAAUCCAGUUGAAUAUACAAAGGAAUUGGCAGAGAAGUUUCAACCUGAUACAUUUAUCGCUGAUACCACACCACUUGGAACGUAUCUAAAUUUCAAGCUACAACGUAUUGAGCUUAUACGUCAAGUACUUGAUCGGGUCACACGCGAACGAACAUCAUAUGGCACUUUUCCGAAAUAUGGUGAAGACAAAACAGUGUUGAUUGACUUUAGCUCGCCUAAUAUCGCGAAACCAUUCCAUGCAGGUCAUUUGAAAAGUACUAUUCUUGGAAACUUUUUGAAAAAAAUUCACGAGGCAAUGGGAUACAAGACAAUAUGUGUCAAUUACUUGGGCGAUUGGGGUAAACAGUAUGGUCUGCUGUCUGUUGGAUUUAAUAAGUUUGGAUCGCGUGAACAGCUGCUGCAAAAUCCUGUGUAUCAUCUAUACGAUGUAUAUGUCCGGAUUUGUAAAGAAGCAAGCGAAGACAAUAGUAUCAGUGAAGAAGCAAAUCGAUGCUUCAAAAAAAUGGAAGAUGGGGAUGAAUCUAUCCUGGCAUUGUGGCGACAAUUUCGCGAGUUAAGCAUAACUGAAUAUCAACCUUUAUAUAAAAGAUUAAAUAUUAGUUUUGACGUAUAUUCUGGUGAAUCGGAAACCCACAAAGAUAUUCCAAAGGUGAUCGAUUUGCUACGCACCAAAGGACUAUUGCAAGAACAAGAAGAUGGUUCUCUAUACGUUGAUUUAGAGAAGUAUAAUCUAGGUUCACCGGUGAUAAAACGCCACGACGAAACAUCUUUAUACAUAACGCGUGAUAUAGCAGCUGCAAUAGAUCGCAAACAAAAGUAUAAUUUCGAUAAGAUGCUUUACGUGGUCGGCGUGUCACAACAAAUUCAUUUUCAGCGAUUAUUCAAAAUACUGGAAAUAUUAAACUCUACAGAGAACGAUGAUUCUAAUAAGAAGCAAGAGAAUUGGGCAAACCAGCUACAACAUAUUCACUUUGGAUUAAUUAAUGGGAUGUCAACUCGUAAAGGCACGGCGGUAUUUCUCAAAGACUUGUUGGAUAAUCAACAACAGCAAGAAGAUUUAGAAGUUUUGUCCAAAAUUGGCGAAGCGGCCGCAGAAAAGGUUGCAGAUAUUGUAGGAAUUUCAGCAGUAGUAAUAGAAGAUUUUUCACGAGAUAGACAAUUGGAUUAUGAUUUUUCAUGGGAGCGCAUGUUGGAUAGUCAUGGAAAUACGGGUGUAUAUCUUCAAUAUGCGCAUGCUCGAUUAAAAAAAGCCGAUGUCAAAUUGAAUUUUUCUGCAGACCCAAAAAUUCUCAAGGAUCCGGAAGCUUUCGAACUAGCAUUCCAGAUAGCCCAAUAUCCGGAUGUUGUCCUAAAAUCAUUCGAUGAAUCCCAACCACGCAUAUUAACCCACUAUUUAUUUACGCUUGCACACACUAUUUCUCAAGCUGUCCGCGUUCUAAGAGUUAAAGGAAUGAAUCAGGAUCUUGCGGAAUCUCGAUUGUUACUUUUUUGGGCAGCGAAAUUAACGAUGGGUAAUGGACUGAGAUUAUUGGGAUUGACACCGUUAGAAAAAAUGUAA